AUGGUACAACUCAUCCAUUCUAAUGGGCAAUUCACCGGUCUCCCCCACGAGGAUCCCCAAAUCCACCUUAGGAACUUUAUAGAGAUUAGUGAUACAUACAUCCCAAAUGGAGUCUCAUCAGACUAUGUGAGGCUGACGUUGUUCCCAUAUUCAUUUUUAGGAGCCGCCAAGCGCUGGUUAGAUUCUGAGCCACCAAACUCCAUCACUACCUUGGAUGAUCUAGCAAAAAAGUUCUUGAGUCGAUUCUUUCCAUCCAAGAAUACCGCAUGGUUGAGGAGUGAGAAAUUAUGUUUUAAGCAAAACCAGGGGGAGGAUAUGUACCAAACAUGGGCUCAUUUUAAACAAAUGUUGAAUGCCUGGCUGCACCAUAUGCAAACUAAUGAGGUACUUGCUCACACUUUCUUUGAGGGUUUAGAUUAUAAUGCAUGUGUACUUCUUAAUAGUGCAGCAGGUGGACAAGCUCUAGCAAAAACCUUUGAAGAGUUAUUCGACUUAAUCAAUAGGCUCUCAGAAGGGAACCCAGGUUAUGAAAGGGAAAUGCCUAGGACUACAACCCAAAAGGUCGUGGGAAUCUUAGAUGUAGAUCAAGCUACCACCAUAAACGCCAAAUUGGAUGCAAUGCAACACAAUAUAGCUAUGCAUUUCAAACAAAUGGACUUAAACCAUGCACCGAGAAACGUUGUACAACAAGCAACAAAUUGGUAUAGGGUAUGUGGUAGUGGAGCUCAUGAAACCGAACAAUGUAAGGCAAACCCAGAUUCCAUAAAUUAUGUGGGUAAUGCGCAAAGGGGUGGAGGUCAGCAUAACUAUGGUAACACUUACAACCCUAGUUUGAGGAGCCAUCUAAACUUCUCAUGGGGUGGGAACCAAAACCAAAAUCAGGCGCAAGGGACUAACCAAUACCGUUCACAAGGGGCUGGGCAACCAUACCAAAAUCUUAACCAAGGCGCAAAUCCUAGCGCACCAAAAGGGGGGAUGACUAAUGAGGAGCUACUCCAAAAGCUCAUGGCUGAAAUAGGGACAAAAACAAAUGCUAGGAUAGAUAAGUAG